UGGAGGCAGCCACGCACAGAGCAGUCAGAAUACAGCAGCCCAGCGCUUGGUCCCUCUGAACUCAUACAGCUCUGUAUGACUAUCACCAAGAUGUCAUGGCGGCCACAGUAUCGCAGUUCCAAGUUCCGAAAUGUGUAUGGAAAGGUGGCGAGUCGAGAGAAUUGUUAUGACUGUAUACCGAUCACCAAGAAUGUGCACGACAAUCACUUCUGUGCCGUCAACGCAAAAUUCCUGGCGAUUGUCACCGAGAGUGCAGGAGGAGGAUCGUUUCUUGUAAUCCCCCUUCACCAGACUGGUCGCAUUGAGCCCAAUCACCCGAAGGUGUGUGGGCACCAGGGCACAGUGCUGGAUAUUAAAUGGAACCCGUUUGUGGAGAACAUCAUCGCUUCCUGUUCUGAGGACACUUCGGUGCGAAUAUGGGAGAUUCCAGAAGGGGGACUCAAGCGCAACAUGACAGAGGCGGUUCUGGAGUUGUAUGGGCACAGUCGGAGGGUGGGCUUGAUAGAAUGGCAUCCCACAACAAACAACAUACUGUUUAGCGCUGGGUACGACUACAAGAUCCUUAUUUGGAAUCUGGAGAUUGGGGAGGCAAUGAAGAUGAUUGAUUGUCAUACAGAUGUCAUCCUUUGCAUGUCAUUCAACACAAAUGGGAGCCUUUUGGCCACCACCUGCAAGGAUAAGAAAUUACGUGUAUUGGAACCUCGCUCUGGACGAGUGCUACAGGAAGCCAGCUGCAAGAACCACAAGGUGAUGAGAGUUGUCUUCCUUGGAGAUAUGAAUCGUUUACUCACAACAGGUGUCUCCAGGUGGAACACAAGGCAGAUAGCACUGUGGGACCAGGAAGACUUGUCUGUGCCAUUAAUAGAGGAAGAAAUAGAUGGAUUGUCAGGACUGCUGUUUCCUUUCUAUGACAUGGACACACACGUGCUCUAUUUGGCUGGAAAGGGAGACGGGAACAUUCGAUAUUAUGAGAUAACAGCAGAGAAGCCAUUCCUCACCUAUCUAAUGGAAUUCCGUUCUCCUGCACCUCAAAAGGGGCUUGGAGUAAUGCCAAAACAUGGACUGGACGUGUCAGCUUGUGAAAUAUUCCGGUUUUACAAGCUCAUCACCUUGAAGAGCCUAAUAGAACCUAUAUCUAUGAUUGUCCCCAGGAGGUCAGAGACAUACCAGGAGGACAUUUACCCGAUGACCCCAGGAAUGGAACCUGCAAUGACGCCUGAUGAAUGGCUAAGUGGCCUCAACAGAGAUCCUGUCCUUAUAAGCCUGAAGGAGGGGUAUCGAAAGGAGUCCAAAGUCACUUUUAAAGCCCCAGUAAAAGACAAAAAGAGCUUAGUAGUCAAUGGGAUCGACCUACUUGAGAAUGUCCCACCUAGAACAGAAAAUGAGUUGCUACGCAUGUUCUUCCGACAGCAGGAAGAAAUCAGGCGUUUGAAGGAGCAGCUGGCCCAGAGGGAUCUCAUCAUCAGACAGCUGGAGUUGGAACUUAGGAACCUGAGGAACAGCCCAAAGGAGAGCUAACUGAUUUUGUACAGUCACCGCGAAUCCUUUACUGUCCAAAGUACAGUCCAUUGUCCCAUGAACUGCUCUUGUGGCGUCUGUAUAGACAUACUAACUGCCCUUGCAACUCCUCGAAGGUACAAAGGGAAAUAUGUAUAGAUCUGUACUAAUUGCUCCACGCUCCUCCAUUCAUAUUCAACCAAGGCCUGUAUAUAACCAAAGGCGAUUAAGCUCCCCAACACUGCCCUACAAGCAAGCUUUACCAGAACCACUGGGCCUUUCUCUUUGAGGAUCUUCUAAUAACCGAGACACACAGCCUUGGCCAAGGCCUUGUUAUACAAUUUCAGGACAUUUGACAACUUGAAGGCAUUUCUAUGUGAGAGGGGCCUCUGUUUAAAAGAGUUCCAAGAACCUUACUCACUAGGCCAAGGGCAAUAUGUACUCCCAAUAUAUAUAUAUAUAUCGUUCCUACAGAGCAGACCACUACCCAUUAUUCCCUACAGAGCUGUAUUUUCUCUCAACCACAAUAUCCAUGUGGAUGAAUUAUUCACAAAAGUAGAUUAUUGAAGAUGGACCAGAAAGCCAUAAUUGUGCUGAGAUGUAUAACGGAUGAGCACUGAAUACCUAAGCACUGGAGAGCUCCUCCUUCCAUUCAUACUUUAUUCUCUCUUUCCUCCUAUAUGUCCCUCACAUUUAUCACUUUUACCUUUCCACCUCACAAUUGGCACAUCCCGAUAUGAGUUUCUCCAUAUUCUUUCCAUAUUCUCUCUCGAGCAGGUCACUUUACGUACGUGAUCUGGUAAAUUCAGGUUUGCCUUUAACUUAUUGCUAAAAAUGAUUUCCUAUGCAAAGAGGGGCAUUAAAAUCAUUAAUCAUCUCAAAA